GGUUAUUUAUGUUUUUAACUUCAUUCAACAACCUUUAAACCCAUUAAAAACCAAUUUUUCUCCUUUCCUUCCUCCAUAUAUUUAAAAAAUGAAGUGUAAAAUUCCUCAAAUUGCAUGGCAUGAACGUGAACCUGUCUUAAGUGUAGAUUUUCAACCAUUAAAAGGGAAUCAUUUUCGUUUGGCUAGUGGGGGAUCUGAUAAAUUGGUUUUGAUAUGGUAUGUCACUUUUUCAGAUGAAACAGGUAUAAACAUUAAGUUUCAUUCAGAGUAUGAUCGCCAUUUAACACCAGUAAACAUUGUCCGUUUCGCACCUACUGGCAAUCUGCUUGCUUCUGGAGAUGAUGAUGGUACAUUGAUUUUAUGGAAAUUGAAAGAGCAUGAAAAUGAAGACGAAGAAAAAUGGAUCCCUCUCAAAGUUUUAAGCAGCCGAUCAAAAGAUAUAUAUGAUAUCAGUUGGUCGGCUGAUGGUAAUUAUUUGAUAUCUGCAUCUACAGAAAACAGAGCUGUUAUGUGGGACAUGCAAAGCUUUCAAGUUCUGCAUGUCUUCUCUGAUGCUAAAGGCUAUGUUCAAGGUGUUUCAUGGGAUCCUUUAAAUAAAUAUAUGGCCUCAUUGAGUGCAGAUCGCUCAUUGAGGGUAAUGAGCAUCAAAUCGAAAAGGACUGUUAAUAAAAUUCGAUAUGCUCCAAGGCCCGUAGGUGCUGACAAAGGUAUUGCUCGUGUUCAUUUAUUUCAUGAUGAUACCCUGAAAUCUUACUUCAGACGGCUUAGUUUUACUCCAGAUGGAGAACUGUUGAUUGUUCCAUCUGGAAUCCUUCCUAAAGAUGGGAAAACUGUGAACACAACUUAUAUUUUUUCCAGACACUCGUUAGCUGAGCCAGUGGCUCAUUUGCCGUCAGGUGAUAAGUACACCGUCGCUGUUAGAUGCAAUCCUCAUUUGUAUAAAUUGCGGAGCUCUGAAGAUAAAGAAAACCGAAAAUCUAAAUGCCUGAUAGAUUUGCCGUAUCGAAUGGUAUUUGCUGUUGCUACAAGUGAUUCAGUCUUGAUUUAUGAUACUGAACAAUUGGUGCCAGUGGCGUGCAUAUCAAAUAUUCAUUAUACACAUAUAACUGAUUUGUCAUGGUCCAUAGAUGGGCGUAUUCUUAUCGCAUCAUCAUCUGAGGGUUAUUGUUCAUUUAUUACAUUUUGUGAAGAAGAGCUAGGGGAGAUAUAUGAACCGCCUCCACCAGAAACUCCUAAAACAGAAGAGCACGUAAAAGAAAUCAAACAGUCGAUUACCAAAUCAGAUGAUGCUUCUACUAAGCCUGAUGCAUGUUUGAAACCGAAUGAUGUCACUGCUAAACCCAAUGAUGUUAUUGUUAAGUCCAUUGAUACUACGGUGAAACCUAUUUCUAAUGCAAAUGAAAUUGUACCUGGAUCUCCUAUGCCACCUGAUACAAAAUCUGCAGUUUCUCCAAAAAGUGUUAUAAGCCCAAUACCGGUUAAACCUAAAAGACCAAAACUAACCAUUGAAAGCUUUUUCAAAUCUCCGAAAACUAAUCCUUUACCAUUAGAACAAGUAACUCAACCUUUAAAAGAUAUACCAAGUACCAAUAAGAUGUCUUCAAGUGAUGUUCAAUCCAAAGCUGAAAGUUCUCUAAAGGACAAAGAUAUUGAAUUCAAAGAGCCAAGUUUAAAAAGUACGCCGUUAAGCAAACAAAUUGUUAAAGAUUCAAAUAUCCCUGGCAAUGUAGAGGUAGCUAGCAAUGAUAGUGAUUCUAUUGAAAUUGUAUUUGAUACCAAGGUUUUUCAAAAGGAACCAAAAUGUAAACUUCAACUUAAUUUUGCAAAUAAAAUAAACAACGACAGUGUUGCGAAUGAAAUUUCGGAAAUGGAUCUUGGUGAAGUGGCUCCUGUUGAUUCGAUUCAUGAUUCGGCAGAAAGUGUUUUGAUUACAGCCGACAAUGAUUGGAAACUAGAGUUGUCACAGAGUGAAACGAUAACACCCAUGGAUGUUUCAGAACCCGGUACAUCUGAGGAGGUUAAAAUUAAACCUGAUGAGAAAGAAACUACUCCUAAACCAAAGCAGAGUGAAACAAUAACACCCAUGGAUGUUUUACAGCCUGGUACAUCUAAAGAGGUUGAAAUUAAACCUGAUGAGAAAGAAACUACUCCUAAACCGAAGCGACGAGUUGGAUUUGUAACUUUGUCAAAAACUGUCUCCACAACUCUUCCUAAACUUUGAAUGUUAAUUGAAUUUAUUUUUUUUUAAAAACUUAUAUUCAUUGCGUUACUUAUAUUUGAUAUUGUAUAUAUUUUUUUAGUAUGUUUUGCCCAAAAAAUUAUUAAAUCAUUAGGUAGGUAAAUAUCAAUAGUUUGUUUCAAUAACAUUUGUGUUAUUCAAAGAACUUCUGUUGUUAACAUUAAUCUCCGUUCCUGAAAUUUGAAUUUUAAAAGUAAAUAUAUCUAUUUUGAAAAAAAGAUUUUUUUUCUUUUAUAUUUCUGAAAUUUUUAAUAUUCUAUUCUGAUGUCCACCAAUUUAUUUGACAGUUUAAUAAACUGUCAAAUAAAUUGGUGGACAUCAGUAUUUUCAAACUCAAUAACAUUUGAUAUUCAAAGAACUAGUGUUUUUAACAUUAUUUAAAUUUUAAAAAUUUGCUUUUGUUACAUAAGGGUAAGAAUUUUGUUUAAUUGCUUAGUUAAACUACAAAAUUUAUACUUUUUUGUUAAAUAUUCAUAUUAAUCUUAUUGCUAUAGUUAUGGGUAUUAUUAGUAAUGUCUCAAAUAUAAUAUAUUUAGAUAUGCAUACACAAAAUCGCGAACACUGAUUUCACGAAAUUUGUCAUCAUCGUGGAAAACUUUUUAGUAUUACUCAUAAAGGAAGAUAACAGUUCCACGGUCAAUAUUUUUUUGUACUAUUACUUCUAGUAAGAUGAAUAGCUCUUAAAAAAAAAAAGAUAUCUAUGUUUUGAAAAGUGGUUCUUUUAAGAAAUAUUUAUUUGAUUAAAAAAAAUUGCUAAAUUUAAAGAAAUAAAUGCUGCUAUGCAUACUAAUCAAUGUGUUUUUGUAAAACUUAAAACCCUUAUGUAAAAUUCAGUGAUUUUCAAACUAAUUUCAUCAAAAUUAGAUGGCAAUGAAAAAGUAACUAUUAACAAGAAUCAAUUGCUUGCAGAAAGUUUUUCAUUUUUAUCUGAGUCUUGUUGAUACAGUAACUGCUAACUAACAUACAAUUAAAGCUCAGUUUUUAAAAUUGGAUUUUAUUUUAUUUUCUUUCAUAAUUAUAGCAUAAAAUUUUUCAACCUUUUUAGUUGAUAUUUGUCACCUAGUUCAAAAUGUUAGACAAAAACAUUCUGCUACUAGAUCAUAGUGAUACUAUAAUCUCAAUUCCUGAUAUGGACAUUUCAAUGUAGUAAAUUGUUUUCAUUUUACUGUUAGCUGUUUUACAAAAUGUUUUUCAGUAGAUUUAUAAAUAAAACUUAAAAUAUUGAA